AUGCCAGGACCCCCUCACCUGCCAGGACCCCCUCACCUAGAUGUUCACACGCAGCUGCCAGGGAUGUUCACCGCAGCUCACCCAGAUGUUCACAUGCAAGUGCAGCUGCCAGGACCCCACCCAGAUGCUCACACAGUGCAGCUGCAGACACCUAGAUGUCCACAAGUGCAGCUGCCAGGACCCUCACCAGAUGAUGCUCACCCAGACACGCGCAGCCGCCAGACCCCACUGAUUCACUGCAGCUGCCAGGACCCCAUGACACCACAGUGCAGCUGCCAGGACCCUCACCUGACAGACCACACAGUGCAGCUGCCAGACCCUCACCUAGAUGUUCACACAAGUGUAGCUGCCAGGACCCCUCACCCAGAUGUGCCACGCCAAGUGCAGCUGCCAGGACCCCCUCACCUAGAUGCUCACACAAGUGCAGCUGCCAGGACCCCCUCACCUAGAUGUUCACACAAGUGCAGCUGCCAGGACCCCCUCACCUAG